GAAGCCUUCUUUCUCCCCAUUUACCUAGCCCCCAUUUUGCGUUCCGCCCAACUCCCGCCCGGCCGUAGUUUUGUCCGCUCUGUUUCUCUUUUUCUUCUCACCAUCUCUUUCAUUUGCUUUGAUUAUUGUCCUUCUCGAAAGAUCGGGUCUUUGAUAGUCAGGCUUCUCUCAGACCUAGGGUUUCGGGUGUUUGUCAUCGUUUGAUUGGAUUUGAUUUGUGCUUUGAGGGCAUAUGCCUUUGCAGAUCACAUCAAUGUUUUCGGAGUUUCUGUGACCUACGCCAUGCGUCGAUUUCGUUUGCUGCACUCCUUCUCUGUUGUGUUUCUGUACUGGUUCUACGUUUUCUCAUGAACUACCUGUCAAUCCCUUGAUUUCUCGCCUUCGGUGUUUGAUUCCUUGUUUUAUUUUGUAUUUUGACCAUUAGAUCUCACAAUCCAGUUUCGAUUAAUUAUCAACCGUCACCCAUUCGAGUAAGUUAUUCGAUUAGGAAAGCCCUUUUUUGAGUUUUAGGAAAAUGGCUUCGAAUCACCGUCCAGCAAGUUCGGGAUCUGAUGACCCAAGAUCUGAUGUUGUGGACGAGAGGAAGAGAAAGAGGAUGCAGUCUAACCGUGAAUCGGCGAGGCGAUCACGGAUGAAGAAGCAGAAGCAACUGGAAGAUCUGACCAAUGAGAUCAGCCGAUUGCAAAGUGCAAACAGUCAGUUAGUGCAGAACAUAAAGGAAAAGGAGGACGCAUACAAUGAGAUGGAAUCCAAGAACACUGUCCUUAGGGCGCAGACUAUGGAGUUGUUCGAACGAUUGCGCUUUCUGAACUCAAUACUUGAGAUCGCUGAAGAGGUCAGCGGGCUUUCUGUUGAGAUCCCCGAGAUACCAGAUCCUCUCCUGAAGCCAUGGCAGCUUCCUUAUCCGAUACAGCCGAUCACAGCUUCGUCAGACUUCGGCCUGCAUUGACCUGAGGCUCCUUAUUUUGUGCAUUUAGUCAUUUAUCCCUUCCGAGUUGUCUGUUGGUAUGAUGUAUUUCAAUUGUUCUGUUGGGUUCUGAUGAGUCUGUUAGUUCUCUGUUGGGUUUGUUAGUUCUCUGUUGGGUUUCUUUAGCCAGUGAAGUCAAAAUAUUAGGAGUGCUUUUGUCAUUCUUCCUGUGGUUUGUCGGUGUGGUUCGUAGAUUAUUGGUGCUGUGUUGUCUGGGCUUGUGAAAUAUGCGUGCUUUUAUGUUCUUUUAAUUUAUUAUUUUCUAUGUAUGUUCUGUCUUUACCAGCAAAAUAACGUGUAUUGACCAAUGGUUGUUCAUUAUAGCACUCCAAUGGUGAUUUGGAAGUCUGUAUCAGUCGCACUGCUCUGAAAUAUCGUUCAGUUCUGAGA